AUGAGUGCCGAACUUGGCCAACGGCGGAUAAGCGCCGAGUCAACAGGAUUUGACGCCGGCGCCGGCCCGAGCUCAAGGCUUUCAUUCUCCCAUCGGCGCUCUGCGUCCAUCGAGGGACUCAAGGAGCACAUGUUUCAAUGGGGCGAGGGCCAUGGCAGCGAUGACGACGAUGUGUCUGAGCAUGAGCUCCUCAUGGACCCAAACUUGCCAGAUGAUGAACAUGCCGACGCCAUUGAGAUGGGAACCAGAAGUGUCCGGAAGAGACGCGAGGAGGAGGAUUCUCUGUACCCCGAGGUUCGAGCGGCUGUUCGCAACUACGAUGAGGACGUCCCCUGCAACACUGUGAGAGCCUGGGUCCUUGGCUUGAGUCUGGUUGUCGUGGGCGCCUCAAUGAACACGCUCUUCUCCUUGCGACAGCCAUCAAUCUCCAUUGGGCCACUCGUUGCACAAAUAAUUGCGUGGCCCGUGGGCCAUGCAUGGGCUCGCUUCAUGCCAAAGAGAAGCUUCACCACCUGGGGCUUCACCUGGACUCUUAACCCUGGCCCAUUCAAUAUCAAAGAGCACUCCAUCAUUGGAGUCAUGGCCAGCGUGUCCUUCUCGGUGGCAUAUUCAACCGACAUCAUACUUGCUCAGCGCAUCUUCUACAAACAGAAUUUUGGAGUUUUGUUCCAGCUUCUACUCACCAUCUCGACUCAGUCGCUUGGAUAUGGUAUUGCAGGGACAAUGCGCAAGUUUUUGGUCUACCCUGCUUCCAUGAUAUGGCCAGCUAAUCUCGUGGCUGUAACCAUGAUGAAUACCAUGUAUGAGAAGAAUGAUGUCCGAGACCCGGCAGUCUUUGGCGGCAACAUGCCGCGACUUCUGUGGUUUUUCCUCGUCACCGUGGGUGCAUUCGUGUACUACUUUAUCCCUGGAUUUUUAGCCCAAUGCUUGAGCGUUUUCGCUUUUGCUACUUGGAUCGCGCCCCAGAAUGCUGUUGUCAACCAGUUGUUUGGUGGCACAACCGGCUUGUCCUUACUCCCCAUUACUUUUGACUGGACUCAAAUUUCGGGCUGGGUAGGAUCGCCGCUGAUUCCGCCUUGGUAUGCCAUAGCCAAUACUUUGAUUGGAGUUAUUGCAUUCUACGUCAUUGGAUGUUCUGUUCUUCACUUUUCUGGGGCCUGGUAUGCGGAAUUUCUACCCAUGAGCGAUGCAAACACAUAUGACAAUACCGGCGCUCCAUAUAAUACAUCACGUGUCCUUAGCAAAGACUUUACUCUAGAUCAAGAAGCUUACGAAAGCUACUCACCGCUGUUCCUUAGCACGACAUUUGCCGUGUCAUAUGGUCUCUCUUUUGCGGCUAUUUCAUCCCUUAUCGUAUAUACAUAUCUCCACAACGGCAAGCAAAUUUGGAAACAGUAUCAAAACAGUGCAAAUGAGAAACCGGAUAUUCACCUGAAGCUCAUGAAGAAAUAUAAAGAGGCGCCAGACUGGUGGUACAUGGGCCUAUUUCUUGUGAUGCUUGCAAUGGGCCUGUUUACUGUAUUAGCAUACCCUACCAAACUCACAUGGUGGGGAUUUCUCCUUGCCGUGGCAAUAUCGUUUGGCUUUUCAUUGCCAAUUGGUAUUAUUGAAGCUGUCACGAAUAAUCGCAUUGGCUUGAACGUGCUCACAGAGUUUAUUUUUGGAUAUAUUCAGCCAGGCCGGCCGUUGGCUCUCAUGAUUUUCAAAACAUUUGGAUAUAUCACCAUGUCUCAAGCACUCAGCUUCGUCUCUGAUCUCAAGUUUGGACACUACAUGAAAAUCCCUCCGCGGACCAUGUUCUGGGCCCAAGUAGUCGCCACCACCUUCUCAUGCUUCAUCCAAAUCAUAGUGCUCAACCUCGCACUCACCAACAUUCCCGAUGUCUGCGACCAACAUCAGCGGCAUCACUUCACCUGCCCUGGAGGCCGAGUCUUCUUCUCAGCCUCUGUCAUCUGGGGCCUCAUCGGCCCAGACCGCAUGUUCUCUCCGGGCCGCAUCUACUCUGCUCUCUUCCUCUUCUUCGUCCUUGGCGCCAUUGUGCCCAUCGUCGUCUACUUUGGCUUCAAACGCUACCCUAAAUCUCCGCUCCAGUACGUCAUGGCGCCACUAAUAUUCGGCGGCGCGGGCGCAAUCCCACCGGCCACGCCACUGAAUUACUUCUCCUGGGGCAUCGUGGGCUUCAUAUUCCAGUACUGGAUUAAGAAAAGGCAUUUCGGAUGGUGGGGGCGGCUGAAUUUCCUGACGUCGUGUGGGCUGGAUUUGGGAUUAGCACUCGGCACCUUGUUUAUUUUCUUCGCCUUUACCAUGCAUGGGAUCGAGGCGCCCAAGUGGUGGGGGAAUGAGAUCGUGGACUCGACAAUGGAUGCGCAGGGGACGGCGGUGCAGGGACGGGUUGCGAGUGGACAGGUAUUUGGGCCGAAGAGUUGGUGA